CAAACGCGCUCCCGCGGGCAGCGGCGCCGGGCUCGGGCUGCGCGGCCUCCCCUGGCCAUGGACCCCGGCAGCGACACCCACGAGCUGAACGGGCUGGCGGAGGGCGCGGAGCCGGCGGCUGUCGGGCGGCGCAGGACGACGCAGUGGUUCCAGAGGAACAGACCCAUGAAUUUCAACCACUACGCCAAUAAGAAGAGCGCGGCGGAGAGCAUGUUAGACAUCGCCCUGCUGAUGGCCAACGCUUCCCAGCUGAAGGCUGUCAUGGAACAAGGACCUUCUUUUACCUUCUACAUCCCACUUAUCACUCUUAUCAGCCUGUCGCUCACCCUGCAAAUUAUAGUGGGAGUGCUCCUGAUAUUCCUUGUAAAAUACGACCUUAACAACCCUGCAAAACACGGAAAGCUGGAUUUCCUCAACAACCUUGCAACUGGACUGGUGUUCAUUAUAGUAGUUGUGAAUAUUUUCAUCACUGCCUUUGGAGUGCAGAAGCCAGCUGCUGAGCCAGCAUCAAGACAGUGACAACAAGAGACCUGAAGCAUUCCUUCUAGAUGCCAUUUGCACUUGAGCCAGUUUCAGUUGGACACAGCGGGGGAACAAAAAUAAUCUGAAGGAGCUGGACAUCCCGAGCAGCUUUCUCUGGUUUCCAAUGACCAAUACAUCUGCACACCCACAGCUUCCCAUGUGUUGAUAUUUAAACUGCUUGGCAUCUAAGGAAAGGUCGGUUUUCACCCAAGGACAUUUCAUUUUCUCUAGAAACGUAAUUGUUUUUCAGAGAAGAGGCAUGAGCUCAGACCACAAGGUAAUACAGACUGAUGGCACUUGGCAGGACCUCCCAUCUUCUGUGCCUUUUGCUUUUGUGGCUAUUUGCCACUUCCACCAUGGUGAGAAGCGGCGAAGCCUUCGAUUCUGGUCACAUCGGCCUCGAUUUCAGCCACUCAGCACCAAGCCCAUGUACUCUGUAGUGCACCAGUGGUUUUCCUCUGCAGUGUGCAGAUAGCUGUGCCUCCUUUUCUUUCCCCUCCUCUCUAGCUGGAGCAGAGAUGAGGGUAACAGCAACAGCAGGCUAUCCUUUGUCCAGGAUUGCUCACAGGUACUCAUUUCUCCUGUUUCUUCAUCUCUGGACCACAGAUCCUCUCCUUCGUGCACAGACACAAAUAACCUGAUUGCUAACAGUUCCUUACCACUGACUGCUCUACUCCAUGCUCUGUGCAUUAUAUAUGUUUCUGGAAGCACUGCCUUUUCUGGGCCCAACUGGAGAACCAGAGGAUCCAGGGUGAGCUUGACCUGCUAAACCGGUACCGAGUGCCUGUCAGCGAUUCCAGAAGCAAACUGAAAGCAAGUUUGUCCCUCUACAACUUCCCUUUCUCCUCUUCCUGAGAGGGAUUGCUGCAGUUGUAUUACCCUUAGGAGUUUAAGUGCAUAACUGAUUUUUAAAUGUGUAUUUUAAAAUAUAUAUAAGAGAGAGAUAAAUAUCUCCUUUAGGUUCUUACCUGCUGGCUCAGGGACUGGCACUUUUUCUAGACAGACUGUUGCUAGAGAUGAUCUAAGUUAAAACAGUUUCUACAACAUUUCAGUCCUUUUUUUUCCCAAGUAUCACACCUGCAAUCAGACAGAUCCUAGUUCUCUAGGUUGUUCUCACUUGUAGAUGAGAUGUGUACUAAUACUUUUCCUUCCAGUUAAUUUUUAGCUGCUCCCUUGCACACAUUAACAGAAGUUUGACUGCCAGGUGUCUCAUCUCGUUUACAAUCUGUAUCGCUCACAUUUCUCUUCAGUUAUGUCUCAAGGCCCAUUGAUGUACCAUAUCUUCAUUCAUGUGCUCUGUAAGAGUUACUAACGGAGAACAAAUCAGAAACUGGUGUGAUUAGCAAUGGAAUAGACAUUCUUUUGUAUUUUUUGUCUUUCUGAAGUGCGUUUCAUUGGUAUCAACCAGGCAAAGGUUUCACUCUGCACGUCGUACUCGGUUUCAUCGUGGCUCAGAACAAGUUCUGGAUGGGCCACUCUGGACAAUUUUCCUUAUUUGUUUUUUUACAACAGGGGAGCUGUUGAAGGACCCUUCUUACACACUGCUGCAGUCAGUUCUGCUGUUGUGAAGUGACUCCACUGUGCAAACUGCAGUGCUGGAAACGCUAAAAACCCUUUCUCUGCAAGAAAAACAGGUGUCUGUAGGCAGAGCCCUUCUGAGCAUGACACUUACCUGUGCCUCGACAUCAGGCAGUAAUCCUCAUCAGAUUUUUGGCUGUACCACCUUUGUUACCUUUUUACCCCCUGGAGUAAUUCCUGCCUGUGCCUUGGACUCAGUCUGGAGCAGCUCUUCGGAGGCAGCAGCCGCCUCUCUCCUGUACAGAGACUCUGUACCUCAGCUCGUGUCUGCAGUCAGCACUUCAUGAUGUCCUAAAUACAUAACCUGUCCAAAAGACAGUCACUUUAACUUAGGGAUGGAUAUUAAAUAUUUUCCAUUGCCAGAUUUGCAUCUUUCUACUUUUUAAGUGAGACAGAAACAACGGGAUGAAAUGUGUUUCUGGCACUCAACUAAGCCUCACUUUUGACUUGUCCUCACUACUCUGAAGGCAGAUGCAGAGGCUCAGGCUCUGCUGGUGUUCACCAGCUUUACACUUGCUGGUAAUUUGGCCCAGUUUUAAAUCUUGCAUUCCAUUCCUGUGCUACUGAUUGCCCUCUCUUAUGAGCAGGAUCACCUUCACCCUGCACCAAAACUCUGGAAAUCCCAGAAUGGUGGGUGUUGGAAGGGCCCUGCAGAGCUCAUCCAGCCCAACUCCCUGCUAAAGCAGGUUCCCCUGGCUCAGGGAGCACGGGAACGUGUCCAGGUGGGUUUGGAAACCUCCCAAGAAGGAGCCUCCACACCCUCCCUGGGCAGCCUGGGCCAGGGCUCCCUCACCCCCACAGCAAAGAAGUUUUUCCUUGUGUUUAAGUGGAACUUUUUGUGUUCCAGCUUAUGUCCCUUACCUCCAGCCCUGUCAGAGCAGGGAAGCAGUCAGAGAAGGCGCAGUACAGACACACUGGGUCUUUUCCCAUUUUAUUCCCUUCCUUAUUGGAGUGUUGAGGUCACUCAAGCAAACCAGCUGUUGCAGUGGGGUUCUCCUGAAAAAUACAGUAGCUGUUGUUACAGCAUCUGUACUGCUAAGGUGUUGGCCCACAGAACCUACCAAGGCUCCUGUAUCCCCUCAGGGAUAGCAGGGGGUCAGGAGCACUCACCAGGUGAUGCCUCGACCGCUACGGAUUCCGAUGGACACUGCAAGAUGCAGCUUUUGGGACGUACAGGAGGGAAGGACGAAAAAUGCUGUGAGCUCAAACACAUAGUUGGGUGCCAAGAGUGGGAUGUGCAGAUCUGCACUCUGGGGAUCAGUGUCAGUUCCCCUGCAGUCUGCCAGAGCCAGGCACGGAGCAGCCACCGAGCACUCACCAUGAAUCCUUGUGCCUCCUGAGCACCACUGAAGCACCACAACAGGUACCUGCAGGUUCAGAGAGCCUGAUCUUGGGUCUAAACACACAGAAACCUGAGCUGGAAGCAUCUGUCUGACUGUGAGGCAGUACUGGGCAUUGGCAGUAUUCAACCUGCUGCAGGAGGGCUUGUUUUCAAUAAAAAGAUGCUGGU